AAGCGUGGCCAUACUAUUGUGUAUACUCCGCCGCACCACUCUGAUUUGCAGCCCAUUGAGUUGGUUUGGGCCAUUGUCAAAGGUGAAGUUGGCCGUCGUUAUGACAAUGAAACCAAGUUCGCCGACGUCAAGCUGAUUGACGAGGCAUUUGCUGCUUUGAUAUUUGGUGCUAUGAAGGGAUGCAUCAAAGUUGUCCAAGGAAAGUUGAAGUUGCAGCAUGAUCACUUUGUGCAAGUGGACACAAUGAAUGUGGACGAAGAGUCAUCUGCUGAGAGCGACACCGACGGUGACGAGGAAGAAGCAUGUGAUAACGUAGCGAAGCAUUGA